CACGACUACACUCUGCAUUCAAUUCGAGACGCCGUGGACGAUAGAGCGUUGGGGAACAGAGGGAAAGGAUGGAUCAACAACAGGAUAGGCAUAGGACGCAGCAUCGGGCAUUUUCAGAUCCCGAACAGCCCUUCACUCCACCAAACUCCAUACCCUCUUUCGUCCCCCCUUCGGAGCCAUUCACCCAAGCGCAAACGAUAUACGACUCCUCCGCAUCUCUCCGCGCUCCCUGGGCGCCUGCUGGUCCCAACCCCGCCUCUGUAUCUACUGCUCCUGCCCCCGCAUCCACUGUGGGAAGACCUCCCACAUCCCCUCUACGUGCGGUCGGUGCCCAAGCACAGCGGCGAGAACCCCCGAGCCCAGAUCUCACAGGCGCAAGACUCGGUCCAGCCCUGAGCAACGACGGUUCUGCGGGCCCGGGAGAAGAAGAAGUUGACAUGCACCGUUCAGGCUCGCGCAGGUCUGACAGGCAAGUCCCGCCCCGUCGGCAGGAACCACAGCAGCCUCGCCAGCUCCCACUCGCGCGCCAACCCUUCCCACAAGCUCAGAUGUCCUAUGGUCCUGUCGGUGCCCCCGGAGACCCGUACGGCCGUCCCCCAGCAGCAGCAACGUACGCCAUGCCAAGUGUGUACGGGCAGCAGCCCCCGCCACUGCCUUACAACCCCCGAGGUUACUCACCCUCCUACCCCAGCCCAAUGCAGGUCAUGAUUGGGUCUAUGCCUGUCGUCGGCCCUCCAGGGACGUCCUACGCCCCCGGUGCGCCCUUUGGUUCCUACCAGCCCGCCCCCGAUCUCCUGACUUCCCCAUUGGCAUUUGGCAACCCCCCUCCGUUCUCCUUCCAGCGUAUCUCGCCUGACCCGGUUCCCCCGUUUCCCCAACCACCACGUGUGCCGCAGGGCCAGCGUCCGCCCUACCCACCAAGCUCCUUCCACUUCUCCCCUCCACCACCGGCAUCCCCACCACCUCCAGGCACUCGCCCGCUCCAACCACAGCAGCCCUACCCCCUCGGCUACCCCCCAGGUAGCUCAGCACUCCAGGGAUACUCCCCCGUCUUCGGAGUCCCCACUUCUCCCGUCUUCACCCAACCCCGAUUCCCAUCCUCCUUCCCUGGCUCAUUCCAAUCCCCUGAAGAAGUGCAAGCCCAAGCAGGAGCAGGGACAUGGUACUUCGUACCUAACCAGGAUCCGCAGAGCUCGUUUGACGCCCAGGCGCGGGCACGCGCACAUGCCCAUGGUCAUGGAGGUCAUACACCGCUUCAGCAACAAGCGCAGUAUCCCCAGGCAUAUGGGCUCGGAUUCCCCCACCCCCAAAUGAGGAACGAGGAUGGAUUUUCCGGCGCGGGGCAGUUGAGCCCGAGCAUGUUCCCUGCUGCACCGGUGGGAACAGGCGAGCAUCCGCUGAGAGCAUCAUACGGCCAUGGUCAGCGACCGUCGCUCUCCCAAUCCGUCUCUUCCCCACCUACGGAUGCUUCCUCCGAUCCACGCGUCCGUUCACCUGAGAGCACUCUGCGAGGCUCGACGUCAACCGCUGUCGGUGGUGCAGGGGACAGUUCCUUCUCCCAAGUCUCACAAAUCCCUUUUCCCUCCCUCGCCCCAGCCUCUGGGACCCAACCCAACCAGGCUAGUCGACCCCAACGUCGCCCGUCUUCCCCCACGCGUAAGCCCUACCAUCCAAACCCGCCUACGAACAGGUCAGAAUGGGUCAUGUGGGUCGGAAACGUCCCCCAUGACGCGACGCAUGACGAGCUAUGGCGCUACUUCAACCAACUUGUGCCUGUUCAGCCUUUUGCUCCCCCUGUACCUGGUGCCACUCAGACGAGCACUCCAGGCCAGGGCGGACCGGCACACACCGCCGAAGACCAACCUGGCGGCGUGAGCAGCGUCUUCCUCAUCUCCCGAUCCAACUGCGCCUUCGUAAACUUCAACUCGGAGAGUCACCUCGAGCGUGCGGUGGCGUUCUUCAACAACAAGCCUAUCCGGCCAAACGAUCCCCGUUGUCCCAGGCUGGUGUGCCGUGUAAGGCGGAAGGACGAUGACUUGCGCGCGGGAGUAGGCGGGCAGAGAGGUGUGGGUAUCCAUACCCGGUGGGUCAAGGAGCAACGGGAGAAGGAGAGUGAGGAGCUACAGGAUGCUACACUUGGAAUGGGUGGGAAACUUGGGGAGGAUGAUGACCAACCGCCGGAUACGCCCACGCGCCAAAAGACUUUGGGUCAUCAAGGCAGCUCGGGAAGCUUCACCAGCACCAACUCGAGCUUCUUGCAAAAGUAUUUCCCUAAGCGGUACUUUAUUUUAAAAUCGCUUACUCAGUUUGAUCUCAAUCUUAGUGUUGAGCGGGGCAUCUGGGCCACACAAGCGCACAACGAACCCGUGCUGGACCAGGCCUUUCGCACAAGCACAGACGUCUACCUUAUAUUUGGUGCGAAUAAGUCUGGCGAAUUCUACGGCUAUGCGCGUAUGGCCGGUCCGGUUCAGUAUCCAGGCAAAAUAGACAAAUCGGAAAACCGCAUCUCCUGGGCCUCCCGCACCGAGAGCUCGCAUUCGUCAAAUAAGAGCAUCGAGGGCCCGCUGAGCAAGCGACCCUCGCAGCCGGAGAUGAUCGCAGAGGAUCAAGAGGGUGAGAAGCGCGAGGAGAAAAAACAGGAUGAAGGAUCCCCCCAAACCCAGUUGGCCGACAAUGGCACUGAGAUAGACCGAGCUAUUGCUGAAAACCCGCAACCUAAACAAGAUGAAGCGAUGGACGUGCCUCCGUCCUUGGAAGUAUCUGCACCUGAGAUCGAAGAGUCAGCGGUUCCCGAAGGGUCACUUGGGGAACGCCGAGAAGAGGUCCCCGGUCCAAUGGUGCUUCCUCGUACUCUAGUGGAAACCUCAGAGGGAAGCCACUCAAUUGCGGCCUCUCCCCAACCUAUGACUUCCGAUGAAUCAAAAUCGCUGGAAGACCUUGAGCCAAACGAGACGCGACCUGUCCAUCACCCACAUUUCUGCGGCAUUCUCAGCAGACGACAAAGCCUAAGACCCGCCCCUCAACCAACUGGCGACGAUGCGCCAAAGCCGCCUCUCCCUCUGGACGUUGCUUCUGCUCCUGCAGAGAUUGGUCCGGAACGGAAAGGGUUCUCGUUUGACCAGACUGCGACCCAUAACACCAUUGAUGGGGGUGAGGUGUACCAGUCUUCCAGUCUUCCCGUUACUUUGGCAAGUCAGCCCGCUGGAAAUGAGGUCGUCGCCGGCGCCUUAUCGUCAGCUGCUGACAUACAGGCUACACUUGGCUCGUCAAGCUUACCCGGCGAAGUUGACAAGGACGGCAUAAUGCGCAGGGAUACCGCUCUAUCACUGGAAGACACCCGAGAGCAUGAAAAAAUGCCUGUACCCGAGCGGCAGAGGCCCGCAGAAUCGUUAGACCAGCCAGAAGAGCGUACAACCGGCCCGAGCGAGAGUACCGUGCUACCUGAAGAAGAACCGGCCCAUUCACCUGCAACUCCAAAAUCUCCGGAGGUGGAAGCCAGUCAUCGGCCAGCUGGCAAGGAGGAGGAAUCAUGGGGAACACCAUUCAAGAUUGAAUGGAUCAAAGUCGAACCUUUGCCUUUUUAUCGCGCGAGACAUCUCCGAAACCCGUGGAAUAACGACAGAGAGGUGAAAGUGUCUCGUGACGGCACAGAAUUGGAGCCAACUGUAGGCGCUCGUCUACUUCAAGAGUGGGACCGCUUGCCAGAGGAACCGACACCUGCACCUGCAGCCUCUGGGCGAAACCGUGGCUCUCGACCCCCCUUCCGAACCACCUACUCUACCCCUUCCGCACAAAUGACUGCUAUGCAAAAUUCGUCUUUGUCUAUUUCACCCUAUAUCCCUGGCAGAGAUAAUACGGGCAAUGUUCCUCAAUGGCUAUUUCAAGGACGAAGUCAAAUUCCUUGGCAACAAUGACAUUGACCCAGUCAAUUCGCUUUCCUCCUCAAUCUCGCCAUUCAUUUCGUCAACUUGAAUUCCACGCAUCAUCCAAUCCACCUUUCCAUCGUUGUCCAGCAUUCAUGACCUGGAGGCGAUUCCAUACCCUGGAUGUCGCCCUCUCACGCCCUCCGACCACGACCAUUCCUCCUGUCCUUCAAUCCAAUGGCUAGCGUAUUCAUAAGCCCAUGUCUUGCAUCAGCAUCAUCCGGUCGACCCCUGUAAUGCCCUAUUCGCAUCAUUUCC